AUGGAGUCUCACUCUGUUGCCCAGGCUGAAGGGCAGUGGUGCGAUCUCAGCUCACUGAAACCUCCGCCUUCCGGGCUCAAGCAAUUCUCCUGCCUCAGCCUCCCAAGUAGCUGGGAUUAUAGGCAUGCACCACCAUGCCCAGACUGCGCCAUAACACACAUUUGAUGCUGAAAUCCGGGAUAGGGGAACUCCUUUGGGAGUCGUGUCCCCUAGCCCCUUCCCCCGACUUCUUGAAGAGACCCACCCGUGACCUCGGUACCUCGGACCAGCUCUGUAAAAGCCCCGCCUCUGCCUUCGGAUAGGUCUGGCCCCACCCUGGAGUCUUGCCUCACAGAACUGAUUAGAAGAGAUCAGAGUUUUGGCUGGUGCCUUUCUGGAGUGGUUGCUAACAAUUCCCGAAUUCCACAAGGAGAUAAAUGGGAAAAAAAGGAACCACUGACAUUUAAAGAUGUCGCCAUAGAAUUCUCUCUGGAGGAGUGGCAAUGCCUGGAUACUGCACAGCGGGAUUUAUAUAGGAAUGUGUUGUUAGAGAACUACAGAAACCUGGUCUUUUUGGGUAUUGCUGUCUCUAAGCCAUAUCUGAUCACCUGUCUGGAGCAAAAAAAAGAGCCCUGGAAUAUAAAAAGACAUGAGAUGGUAGCCAAACCCCCAGUAAUGUCUUUUCAUUUUGCCCAAGACCUUUGGCCAGAGCAGAACAUAAAAGAUUCUUUCCAGAAAGUGACACUGAGAAGAUACGGAAAAUGUGAAUAUGAGAAUUUACAGUUAAGAAAAGGCUGUAAACAUGUGGAUGAGUGUACGGGGCACAAAGGAGGUCAUAAUACAGUUAACCAAUGUUUGACAGCUACCCCAAGCAAAAUAUUCCAGUGUAAUAAAUAUGUGAAAGUCUUUGAUAAAUUUUCAAAUUCAAAUAGAUAUAAGAGAAGACAUACAGGAAACAAACACUUCAAAUGUAAAGAAUGUAGCAAAUCAUUUUGCGUGCUUUCGCAACUAACUCAGCAUAGAAGAAUUCAUACUAGAGUGAAUUCCUACAAAUGUGAAGAAUGUGGAAAAGCCUUUAACUGGUUCUCAACUCUUACUAAACAUAAGAGAAUUCAUACUGGAGAAAAGCCCUACAAAUGUGAAGAAUGUGGCAAAGCCUUUAACCAGACCUCACAACUUACUAGGCAUAAGAUAAUUCAUACUGAAGAGAAACCCAACAAAUGUGAAGAAUGUGGCAAGGCCUUUAAACAGGCCUCACACCUUACUAUACAUAAAAUAAUUCAUACUGGAGAAAAACCUUACAAAUAUGAAGAAUGUGGCAAAGUCUUUAGCCAGUCCUCACACCUUACUACACAAAAGAUACUUCACACUGGAGAGAACCUCUACAAAUGUAAAGAAUGUGGAAAAGCUUUUAACCUAUUCUCAAAUCUUACUAACCAUAAGAGAAUUCAUGCUGGGGAGAAACCCUACAAAUGUAAAGAAUGUGGCAGAGCUUUUAACGUAUCCUCAAACCUUAAUAAACAGGGGAAAAUUCAUACUGGAGAGAAACUCGACAAAUGUGAAGAAUGUGACAAAGCUUUUAACCGAUCCUUAAAACUUACUGCACAUAAGAAAAUUCUAAUGGAAGAGAAACCCUACAAAUGUGAAGAAUGUGGCAAAGUCUUUAACCAGUUCUCAACUCUUACUAGACAUAAGAUAAUUCAUACUGGAGAGAAACCCUACAAAUGUAAAGAAUGUGGCAAAGCUUUUAACCAAUCUUCAAACCUUACUGAACAUAAGAAAAUUCAUACUGCAGAGAAAUCCUAUAAAUGUGAAGAAUGUGGCAAAGCUUUUAACCAACACUCAAACCUAAUUAACCAUAGGAAAAUUUAUUCUGGAGAGAAGCCAUACAAAUGUGAAGAAUGUGGAAAAGCUUUUACUCGAUCCUCAACCCUUACUAGACAUAAGAAAAUUCAUACUGGAGAGAAACCCUACAAAUGUGAAGAAUGUGGCAGAGCUUUUAGCCAGUCUUCAAACCUUACUGAACAUAAGAAAAUUCAUACUGGAGAGAAACCCUAUAAAUGUGAGGAAUGUGGCAAAGCUUUUAACCGAUUCUCAACCCUUACUAAACAUAAGAGAAUUCAUACUGGAGAAAAACCCUAUAAAUGUGAAGAAUGUGGAAAAGCCUUUAAUCAAUCCUAUCAACUUACUAGACAUAAGAUAGUUCAUACUAAAGAGAAACUCAACAAAUGUGAAGAAUUUGGCAAGGCCUUUAAACAGUCCUCACACCGUACUAUACAUAAAAUUAUUCAUACUGGAGAGAAACCCUACAAAUGUGAAGAACAUGGCAAAGUUUUUAACCAGUCCUCAAACCUUACUACACAAAAGAUAAUUCAUACUGGAGAGAACCUCUACAAAUUUGAAGAACACGGAAAAGCUUUUAACCUAUUCUCAAACAUUACUAACCAUAAGAUAAUUUAUACUGGAGAGAAACCCCACAAAUGUGAAGAAUGUGGAAAAGCUUAUAACCGAUUCUCAAACCUAACUAUACAUAAGAGAAUUCAUACGGGAGAGAAACCUUACCAAUGUGCAGAAUGUGGCAAAGCCUUUAACUGCUCCUCAACCCUUAAUAGACAUAAGAUAAUUCAUACUGGAGAGAAACCUUACAAAUGUAAAGAAUGUGGCAAAGCUUUUAACCUAUCCUCAACCCUUACUGCACAUAAGAAAAUUCAUACUGGAGAGAAACCCUAUAAAUGUGAAGAAUGUGGCAAAGCUUUUAACCAAUCCUCAAACCUUGCUACACAUAAGAAAAUUCAUACUUCAGAGAAACCCUACAAAUGUGAAGAAUGUGGCAAAUCCUUUAACCAGUUCUCAUCUCUUAAUAUACAUAAGAUAAUUCAUACUGGAGAGAAACCCUACAAAUGUGGAGAUUAUGGCAGAGCUUUCAACCUAUCCUCAAAUCUUACUACACAUAAGAAAAUUCAUACUGGAGAGAAACCCUACAAAUGUGAAGAAUAUGGCAAAACUUAAUUGAUCCUGCAAGCUUACUACACAUAAGAAAAUUCAUACUGGAGAGAAACUCUACAAAUGUGAAGAAUGUGUUAAAGCCUUUAACAAGUCUUCAACUUUUUCUACACACACAAGGUAUUUUAUACUGGUGAGAAACCUUACAAUGUAAAGAAUGUGGCAAAGCUUUUAACUAAUCUUCAAACCUUACUGAACGUUGAGAAAAUUCGUACUGGAGGGAAUCCUACAAAUGUGAAAAAUGUGGCAAAGCCUUUAACUGGUCCUCAACUUUUACUAAACAUAAGGUAAUUCAUACUGGAGAAAAGCCAUACAAAUGAGAAGAAUGUGGCAAUGACUUUAAUCAGUCCUCACACCUUUCUACACAUAAGAUAAUUUAUACUGGAGAGGAACUCUAUAUUGUGAAGAAUGUGGCAAAGCUUUUAACCAAUCCUCAUACCUUACUAUACAGAAAUUCAUACUGGAGAGAAAGCCUACAAUUGUGAAGAAUGUGGCAAAGCUUUUAACCUUCCUUAACCCUUAACUGUAGAUAAGAAAAUUCAUACUGGAAAGAAACCCUACAAAUGUGAAGUCUGUGGCAAAGCUUUUAACUGAUUCUCAACUUUUACUACAUGUAAGAGUAUUUAUACUGGAAAGAAACCCUACAAAUGUAAAAAACGUGGCAAUGCCUUUAACUGGUCCUCACACCUUGCUACACAUAAGACAGUUUAUACUUUGAGAGAAACCCUGCAAAUGUGAAUAAUGUGGCAAUACUUUAAACCAAUCCUCAAACCUCACUAAACGUAAGAUAAUACUGAAAACUUUACAAACCUGAAUGAUGUGACAAUAAUUUUGACAACACCUCGAACUUUCUAACAUAAAUCAUACUGGUGAAAAAUCCUAGAAAUGUGAAAAAUAUCACAAAGCCUUUAAAUGGUUGUCACGCUUGAUUGUAGGUAAGAUAAUCCAUACUGAAGAAAACUCCUGGAAGUGUAAAAAAUGUGGCAACACUUUUAAUAAAUGCUCACCCCUUAUUGCACAGGAAAGCAUUUAUACUUCAGAAAGAUUGUACAAAUACAAGGAAUGUGGAAAAGCCAUUAUUAUCUGCUCAGAUUUUACUCAACAUUAGAGAGUUAGUACGUAAUAAAAGCAUUAUAAAUGCAAUUUUUGUCAAGAGAUCUUUCAGAAAAUAUAAGCCUUUAAAGUGAAGAAGAGGAGCCAGGUGUGCUGGCUCACAUCUGUAAUGCCAGCACUUUGGGAGGCCAAGGUGGGUGGAUCACCUGAGGGCAGGAGUCUGAGACCAGCCUGGCCAACAUAGCAAAACCCCAUCUCUAUUAAAAAUUUUACAAAAAUUAGCUGCGUGUGGUGGCAGGCCCCUGUAAUCCCAGCUACUUGGGAGGCUGAAGCAGGAGAAUUGCUCAAACCUGGGAGGCGAAGAUUGCAGUGAGCUGAAAUCACACCACUACACUCCAGCCAAGGCAACAAGAGCAAAAACUUCGUCUCAAAAACAAAACAAAAAAAGAGUAUUCAUUUUGAGAACAAACAAUACAAAUACAAAGAGGGUUGUAGUACCUUUACUUGUAUCACAGAUACUUUUGUACCCAUUUUGCACUAGAGGAAAACCAUGAAGCAGUUGCUCAAAUGUUGUUCAACACCAGAAAAUUUAUAUUGGAGAAAAACACUGUAAAUGUAAUGCAUUUGUGAAAACAUUUUUAAAAAAACUACAGCUUAGAAAAUACCAGAGGCCUCAUACUAAAAUAUAUUUUUGCAAGUGCAGUAAAUAUAAAAAUAAUUUAAUCCAAAAUUAAGUCUAUAUAAAUAUCAGAGAAUUCACAGUAGAAAUAUCUAAGGUACUGACACUUCAGACAUUGCACUAAAUCAGAAUGCUGAGUAUAGAAAAUAAUUUAAAACUAAAGUUGGUAGGUAAAUAAUGUGUCUAUAACUUUAAAAGAAGUAGAAUUUUUUUGUAGAUGUAUAAUUACAUUCAAAUUAUAUUUUUUCUUAAAAAAUUAGUUUUUUGAAAAGCAAAUGAUGUAAUUCAACUCUCAAAUUACUUCAUGCUCUUCAUUCCUAUUGUAUUCACAUGUGAAAGCAUGUGAUUAAUUUUUCAUGCAUCAAAGAUAUGAGAAAUCAUUUCUGUUAGGUCGGUAUUUAUGACACUUUCUAUGAAAGAAUAAGGACAUUAAAGUGUAAGAUGCAUGAUGAAAACCUGAGUGAAGAGGCUGUUUGUGUUUAACUUAUAAUAUUGAGUGAUCCAUGAAGUAGGUUUUCAGAGCGAUAUUCUGCAUUAUAGUAAGAGAAAACCAUUUUUAAUCUUAGUUAAAAUUAAAGUGAAUUAGUAGUAUAUCAUUUUACUAUUUGUACUUUUAUGUAAUAAAAUGCAAUGUGUUUAAAAAUUUUUGGAUUAUGUGUGAACUUAGUUUUUUAAUUAAACUUUUUUUAACAUGUUAAAACUAUUGUGCAUUCAAUGAAGUGUUUUCAUGCCGCUGACUUUACCUAUCCCACAUUACUCAAGGGUUUAGGUAAAAGAGGGUAACAGUAUACUACUUGAUACCAUAAUGGGCUAACAUCUCUAAUAAUUAUUUUUGCUAGUGGCUUUAAACUGCUAAUAAAGAAUAUUGUUCCCAUAGGUUAGAUUUUUAUUCUUUUUAAAAUUUAAACAUUUCUCUUAAUUUUUGUGGAUACAUAGUAUGUGUAUAUCUUCAUGCCAUGUAUGGCAUAUUUUGAUACAGGCAUAUAAUUUUAUGUAUUAAUCACAUCAGGGCAAAAGAUGUAUCCAUCAACUCCAGCAUUUCUCCUUUGUAUUACAAACCAAUUCUGCACUUUUAGAUACUUUAGAAUGUACAGUCGUUACUACAGGGUCAUUUUAUGGUUAUAAUAAAAAUUAUAUACAAGUAUAAAUAAAUCAUGAGAAAAUUCUGAGUUCUGAAUAAACAUUUAAAAAAUGUUA